AGAAAAGAGUGGACCAAAAUGGUGAGUGACAAGCAUUGACAUUGAAGCAGUACUAGUAGAAGUACUGACCGACUAACCAGGAGUGAACAGACAUCAAUUUGCAAAGGGUAAAGGGGAAAGAGAGAUGGAGCGGAAAUGGAGCAGUGAAUCUGGGAAUGUGAUGUCGUCGCCAUCACACUCACGUAAUGGCCAUUCUCGUUCUUCCUCCCUCACCCUCACUGCAACUGGAAUUUCAACCGUCAAAAGGACUCAGAAUGUUGCUGCCAAAGCCGCUGCUCAGCGCCUCGCUCAGGUCAUGGCUUCUCAAACUGCCGACGACGACGAAGACGACGACGACGGCGAAGAUCUAGGUUUUCGCUACACUGCUCCCCCGCCUCUAUCUCUCUCCAGGAACUCUGCUAAGUCCACUGCCGCUCUCAGAUCGCCAUCUCCUGCCGCGGUACCUCGAAACCUCCCGGAAGAAUCAAUGUAUCUUCGCGCACCAGCACCAGCACCAGCACCAACUCCACCUGCUACUAACAGACCACCGCUAAGCCUCAAGACUCCAGCUCCUGUUCCUUCCUUAGACCCUCCCAUCCUUAAUAGUAAGCCCAAAGAUAAAAGGUUUCCGUUUGAUACUGGAUUCGUUCUACCAAAAGAUUCAGGACAUCAGCGUGAGGCUUCUGUACUUCGCGAUGAGGUUGAUAUGCUGCAGGAAGAGAAUGAAAUUAUUCUAGACAAGCUUAGACUCGAGGAAGAGAGAUGCAAGGAAUCAGAGGCCAGAAUUAGGGAGCUUGAGAAGCAGGUUGCUUCCCUCGGAGAAGGUGUAUCUUUGGAAGCCAAACUCUUGAGCAGAAAGGAAGCAGCAUUGCGUCAAAGAGAGGCUGCACUUAAGAAUGCCAAAGGCUCAAAGGAUGGAGUUGAUAAGGAAAUCACAUCUCUACAGGCUGAAAUUGAGAAUGCAAAAGUUGAGACUGAGGCUGCAGUGAAACAGCUUAAUGGAGCUGAAUCUGAAGUAAAAGCUCUUCGAUCAAUGACUCAAAGAAUGAUAUUAACUCAGAAAGAAAUGGAAGAAGUUGUUCUAAAGAGGUGUUGGCUUGCUCGUUAUUGGGGUUUAGCUGCAAAAUAUGGCAUCUGUGCAGAUGUUGCAGUUUCGAAGUAUGAACUUUGGUCAUCCUUAGCCCCUCUUCCAUUUGAGGUCGUUGUUUCUGCUGGACAAAAGGCAAAGGAGGAAUGCUGGGAAAAAGGUGAUGAUGAUGCAAUCGAGAAGAGGAGCAAACUUGUUCCUGACUUAAAUGAUCUUACUGGCGAAGGAAAUAUCGAAAGUAUGCUUUCUGUUGAAAUGGGAUUGAAAGAGCUUGCUUCUUUAAAGGUUGAGGAUGCAAUUGUGCAAGCAUUAGCUCAACAGCGGCGUCCAAAUUCUGCUCGACAAUUAGUAUCAGAUAUUAAAUCACCGGGGGACCCUAAGUUCAUGGAAGCCUUUGAGUUAAGUCCAGAGGAGUCUGAAGAUGUUCUUUUCAAGGAGGCUUGGCUGACAUAUUUUUGGAGAAGAGCCAAGGUUCAUGGUAUAGAGGAGGACAGAGCCAAAGAACGUCUUCAGUUUUGGAUUGGUCGGAGUGGGCAUUCACCUACAUCACAUGAUGCUGUUGAUGUUGAGCAAGGACUUUCGGAGCUGAGGAAACUGGGGAUUGAACAUCGACUAUGGGAAGCAUCCAGAAAGGAGGUUGAUCAAGAAUUAACUAUUGCACGAAAGUGGACUUAACUGUAAAGGUGUGCUUAAUUUGCUUGAGAGAUUUGCUGAUUUAUGCAUAUGAAUUGUGAAUUUUAUCUUCUGGAGAGUGUCACCUUCCACUGUGUUUAAAUGAGUUUAUUCUUUCUGUUAGCUCCAGGUAUAGUGACUGUUAUUGUGACUGAUUGAAUUUAGGAACGGAUGAAGUAAUCGCUCUCCUUUUCCA